AUGGGAACCCUCAAUGUGACAAUCCUUUUAUGUUUUCUACUCCUCAUGCCACUCCAUUUAGUUCCUGGUUCAGAGGCCAAGACGUGCAAAGAGCUCAGUGGGGCAUAUACCGCUUCACGUUGUGAUCAGGCUGAAUGUGUUGUGGCUUGCCGCAAGGAGGGCCUUACCCAAGGGGACUGUGAAGUUAUUGUCAAAACAAAAAAAUUUAUGGUACUUUGUUUUUGCAAAAGAGAGUGUUGA